UAUCUACUGUCAGUUCCGCAGGAUUCACUAGUUUUCACUGCUGAUAUCUGCAGUUCGGUUGUUGAUAUGUUACGACUAGAUCGUUGUUAAGUUUAGCAGGAUAAAACUAUUUAAAACUUUGUAAGUUCUGCAGGACACUUAACCUGUAUCCUUUGUUUUGUUAUGAAAAUUUAUUUAAUUCCUGCUCCUGCUGAGUUAUUCAGAAGAGAAAUUCAUUGAAUUAUUUUGGGAGGCCCUAUUUUUUUUUGUCAACACUAUUACUAUCCAUUUUAUUUGAAUAGGAAUCUCUACCAUGGUUGGAAUUUUGCCAUUAACAAUUCAUCUAUAAUUUCUUAAUAAUGGUGGAAAUAGGAUUAUCUAGUCUUCUGCAUGUAGGGGACAUUGUUUCCCUAUAUGCAGAAGGGUCAAGUGCAGCAAGUGGAUUUUUGAGUACUUUGGGUUUAGUUGAUGAUCGUUGUGUUGUAUGUCCUGAAGCUGGAGAUUUGCUCAAUCCCCCGAAGAAGUUCAGAGACUGUCUCUUCAAAAUAUGUCCCAUGAACCGAUAUUCUGCUCAAAAACAAUUCUGGAAAGCUGCCAAACAAAGUAUGACAUCCAACACGGAUACAAAUCUGCUCAAAAGACUUCAUCAUGCCGCCGAAAUAGAAAAGAAGCAGAAUGAGAGCGAGAACAAAAAGCUUAUGGGGAACAACGUACCGUACGGUAGCGUUGUUCAGUUGUUACAUCUCAAAUCCAACAAGUAUCUCACCGUCAACAAACGUCUACCCGCCCAAUUGGAAAGGAACGCCAUGAGGGUCUAUCUCGACGGUAACGGCAACGAGGGUUCCUGGUUCUACAUCCUCCCCUUCUACAAGUUAAGAUCGACCGGCGACAACAUAGUGCUCGGCGACAAGGUCAUACUGAACCCGGCAAACACCGGUCAGCAGGUCCUCCACGUGUCCGCCAACCACGAGCUACCCGACAAUCCCGGCUGCAAGGAGGUGAACGUGGUCAACGGCAACACCUCCUGGAAAGUCACCCUCUUCAUGGAGCACAAGGAGAAUUCGGACGACAUACUGAAAGGUGGCGACGUCGUUCGUCUAUUCCACGCGGAACAGGAGAAAUUUCUGACGAUGGACGAGUACAAGAAGCAGCACCACGUCUUCCUGAGGACCACCAGUAGGGCCAGCGCCACUUCGGCCACGAGCAGCAAAGCUCUGUGGGAGAUAGAGGUAGUGCAGCACGAUCCUUGCAGGGGCGGCGCUGGCCACUGGGAUUCCCUGUUCAGGUUCAAACAUCUGGCCACCGGGCAGUACCUCGCUGCCGACGUCAACAACGAGCAGAUUACUUAUCAGAUGAGGACGAAAUUUCGCGUGGAGGCGGCCGAUGUGCCCGCCUAUCAUCUGGUACCGGUGGCCAAUUCGACGGAGAUCGCGUCCCUCUUCGAAUUGGACCCUACGAGUCUGACCAGGGGCGAUUCCCUGGUACCCCAAUCGAGCUACGUUCGGUUGCACCAUUUGUACACGAACACCUGGGUCCAUUCGACUUCCUUGCCCAUUGACAAAGAGGAAGACAAGCCUGUGAUGUCUAAAGUUGGUUGUGCCACUAUGAAAGAGGAUAAGGAAGCCUUCGCUUUGAUAUCCGUGUCUCCUGUCGAAGUUCGAGAUCUGGAUUUUGCAAACGACGCAUGCAAGUUAUUGUCAUCACUGUCUGUCAAAUUGGAAGCUGGAACAAUUUCGAUAAACGAAAGAAGAUCGUUGAAUAAUCUACUGCAAGAUAUCGUUUAUUUCGUGGCAGAAUUGGAAAACGAACAAAAUAAAACUGAAGCUUUGGAGUUGAUCGUCACCAAUCCUAACAGGGAUCGGCAGAAACUGCUGAGAGAACAGGCCAUUCUGAAACAGCUCUUCAAGAUUCUGCAGGGGCCUUUUCUCGACAACCCGAAUGGAGAUGGACCUUUUUUGAAAAUCGAGGAACUCAACGAUCCACGCCACGCCCCGUACAAGCAUAUAUUCAGGUUGUGCUACAGGAUCCUCCGUCUGAGUCAGCAGGAUUACAGGAAGAACCAGGAGUACAUAGCGAAACACUUUGGCUUCAUGCAGAAGCAGAUCGGUUACGAUAUAUUAGCCGAAGACACCAUAACGGCCCUGUUGCACAACAAUCGUAAACUGCUGGAGAAACAUAUAACUCCUGCUGAAAUAGAAACGUUCGUCGGUUUGGUCAGGAAAAAUAUGAGCACUUGGGAAUCCCGGUUUUUGGAUUACCUAUCCGAUUUGUGCAUAUCGAACAAGAAAGCGAUACCGGUGACUCAAGAACUGAUUUGUAAGAGUGUUCUCAGUCAAAAGAAUUCGGAUAUAUUGAUCGAAACACGAAUAAUGAAGACGCAGGUGGAAGUUGAGGAUUUGUUAGAGAGCGAACUCGAAGAAACCAAAGACGAUGAUUCACAAGAUCCUGUAACCGUAGUCGAGGAAUGCCAAGUCGUCCUGUUGUGGAACAAUAGGCAGAAAUCGAUGCCUCUCGUGGAAAUGUGCAAAAACGCGAAAAAUAAUAAGGACCAACAGGCCAUUUUGGACUAUUACAGGCACCAGCUGGAUCUGUUCUCGAACAUGUGCCUUAACAGGCAAUAUUUGGCUUUGAACAAUCUUUCUCCACAUCUGGACAUCGAUCUGAUUUUGAGGUGUAUGGCCGAUCAGACUGUGAGUUUCGAUCUAAGGGCGUCGUUCUGCCGGCUUAUGCUGCAUCUGCACGUUGAUAGAGAUCCGCAGGAACCUGUCACGCCUGUCAAAUAUGCGAGGUUAUGGUCGGAAAUACCGGCCAAGAUGUCUAUAAACGAUUAUGAUACAAAUAAAACGCCGGACCCGAACAAGGAAGCGGUAAGAUCGAGGUUCGAUGGAACAAUAUCAUUCGUUGAAGAUUACCUAUGCAACGUUGUUGCGAAAAUGUGGUCUUUUUCUGAUCAAGAGCAAAAUAAGUUGACGUUUGAGGUAGUAAAACUGGCUAGAGAAUUAAUCUAUUUUGGUUUCUAUAGUUUUUCUGACUUGCUUAGAUUAACGAAAACUUUGCUCAGUAUUUUGGAUUGUGUGUCAGAAAAUGAUUACAACGAUGGAAGGUUACCAAGAGGCGACAUUGAAUCUGAAGGAGGAGUGUUACGCACGAUGGGAGCCAUGGGUGCUGUGAUGACUUCUCUUACAGUUGGUCGAUCGGUUGUAAAUACAAAUUCAGUUCAGAACAAGACCUCUCAUAAGGAGUAUCCCUUAGUUAUGGAUACAAAGUUGAAAAUAAUAGAAAUUCUUGAAUUUAUAUUGGAUGUUCGCUUGGAUUAUAGGAUCAGCUGUUUACUUAGCAUAUUCAAGCAAGAAUUCGACGAGAGCGGAAAAAAUAAUAUGGGAGAUACGAUAAAUAUGCACAAGAAUAUAGAUCUCGAAGCUAUUGGUAGCCAGGCUGAAGGAAUAUUUGGCAGUAGCGAAGAAUGUGAAGUUUUAGAUCUUGAUGGCCACGGAGGUAGGACCUUUUUAAGGGUACUUCUGCACUUGGUCAUGCACGAUUAUCCGUCCUUGGUAUCUGGAGCGCUGCAUCUUCUUUUCAGGCAUUUUAGUCAGAGGCAAGAGGUGUUACAGGCUUUCAGACAGGUCCAACUAUUGGUAUCUGAUAGCGAUGUCGAGUCAUAUAAGCAGAUCAAAUCCGAUCUGGAUGUGCUCCGACAAUCUGUCGAAAAAUCCGAGCUUUGGGUGUACAAAUCGAAGAGUAUAGACGAUCAUCAGUCAACCAUGAAGAAGAACAAGGAUGAUGACGAAGAGACAAUUGUUAAGUCGUCAUCAAGUCGUUCCAUAUUGGAGAAGAAGGGAUCAGCGAUCAACUUGGACGUUGGACCGCCGUUGCAACAAGAACAGGCAGACGAGUAUAAGAAGAUUCAGCAGAUACUGAUACGUAUGAAUAAGCUGUGCAUUCAUGUGUCGGCGAGCGGCUUGAUCAAGCCCAGGAAGCACGAGCAGAGGUUGUUACGCAACGUUGGUGUGCAUACUGUCGUGCUGGAUCUCCUGCAGAUACCGUACGAUGAGAAAGAGGACGUCCGCAUGAACGAACUGAUGAGGCUGGCCCACGAGUUCCUGCAGAAUUUCUGCCUGGGCAACCAGCAGAAUCAGGUUCUGCUGUACAAACAUUUGGAUCUGUUCCUGAAUCCCGGUAUAAGGGAAGCUCAGACAGUAUGUGCAAUAUUUCAAGACAACUCCACGUUAUGCAAUGAAGUGAACGAGAAAGUUAUCCAACACUUUGUUCACUGCAUCGAAACUCAUGAAAGACACGUGCAAUAUUUGAAAUUUCUUCAGACUGUAGUCAAGGCUGAGAAUCAGUUCAUAAGAAAAUGUCAGGACAUGGUGAUGCAAGAGAUGGUGAACGCUGGCGAAGAUGUACUCGUUUUCUAUAACGACAAGGCGUCAUUCAGUCAUUUUAUCGAGAUGAUGCGAUCCGAGAGGCACUGUAUGGACGAGGGAAGCCCUCUGAGAUACCAUGUGGAACUGGUGAAAUUGCUCGCUUGCUGUACGAUGGGAAAGAAUGUUUAUACCGAAAUCAAGUGCCAUAGUUUGCUGCCAUUGGACGAUAUAGUAUCAAUAGUGGUCCAUCCGGACUGUAUACCGGAAGUUAAGGAAGCAUACGUUGGAUUUUUGAAUCACUGCUAUAUCGAUACAGAAGUUGAAAUGAAAGAAAUUUAUACGUCGAGCCAUAUGUGGACGCUGUUCGAGAAAUCUUUCUUGGUCGAUAUGGCCGAUAUCGCAACAGGUCCCACUGACAGAAAGCAUCCAGAUAAAGCUUUAGAGAAUUACGUGACCAACUGUGUGAUGAAUAUCAUUUCUACUUUCUUCAGUUCUCCAUUCUCCGAUCAGUCAACGACUGUCCAGAAACACCUGCAUGAGGCAAAGAUUUAUUGGAGUGACUUGCCCAUAGAAAACCUGGAAGAUUUUGAUCCAUUUACAGUUAUAGAACCUCUAAAACAUUGCCCUCCAGUAACAGCUAAUACAAGACAGCCAAUUUUCGUGCAACUAUUACAAUCGGCAUUCAGGGUGUCGCAAUGUUCAUGGUUAUCGCCAGCCCAACGUUUCAAUGUGGAAAAUUGCAUAAGGACUUUAUCAGAUGUCGCCAAAAACAGAGGCAUUGCUAUACCUUUGGAUUUGGAAAGCCAAGUAGCUGCCAUGUUCAAUAAGGCAACAUUAUUAACAAGGCAGACGAGCAAGUGGUUGCAAGCUUCAAAAACUCCCAAGAUUGAGCGUUCUCAAUCACAGUUGAUGAAGCUUGACAGGAGUAUCAUCGAAGGUCUCCAAGACAUAGUAUCACUUUUGGAAGACCAACUGAAGCCAUUGGUACAGUCAGAGUUGUCCCUAUUGGUGGACGUUCUUUAUAGACCAGAACUUCUUUUCCCAUUUGGUUCCGAUUCCAGAAAGAAGUGCGAAAGUGGUGGCUUCAUAAGAAGACUCAUCAAACAUACCGAACAACUUCUGGAAGAGAAAGAGGAGAAACUUUGCGUUAAAGUAUUGAAAACAUUAAGAGAAAUGAUGGCAAUCGAUCCUGAGUACGGUGAAAAGGGAGAUGUCCUGCGAAACAGUCUACUCGCUCGGUACUUCGGAAAAGCUUUCGUACAGAAACACGAUACAGUUGCGUUGGGAAAUUACCAAAUUACAGCUGUGAUGCACGGCCCCGGAGCGAAAGUGUUGAGUAGAGCAGGGCGGACGUUGCACGAAGUUCAAACUCAUUUAGACAGGGAGGGUGCGUCAGAUCUGGUCGUCGAGCUGGUCAUAAACUCCGUCAGUUCACCAAUGAUUUUCGGAGAAGUAGUUGAGCUUGGAAUAGCCCUUCUCGAAGGCGGUAAUCCAAUCAUUCAGAGGAGUAUGUUCAACAAAUUGGUAGCUGGCGACUUAAGUUUAUCUUUCUUCAAGGUUUUUUAUGAUAAGAUGAAGGACGCCCAACAAGAAAUUAAAUCGACGGUAACUGUGAACACGUCGGAUAUAGCUGCCAAGGCGCACGAGGAUAAACAAGAUGUGAAAGAUUUGGAUAAAGUGUCGAAAAAACCAAACGGCAAAAUGAACGGAAUCCAGAUAACCGAUGAAUUGACGGAGGAAUUGCACAGAGCGGCCGAAACGACUUCGCAAGCUUACGCUCAAAUUCGUAACAGCAUCGGAACCGGAGACGAGGCUGUGGUAGCUCAGGGAUCCGCGUCAGCUUUCGAGGAACUGCUCGCGGAGAAGCUGGAGAAGAAUAGGGAAAGGGAAGAACAAAAUAUGCUCUCUAAUAAGAUAUUGAUAAUGCAGCCUAUACUGAGGUUCCUACAGCUUCUUUGCGAGAAUCACAAUCCCGCCUUGCAGAAUUUACUUCGUAACCAGAAUAACAAAACCAACUACAAUCUGGUGUCUGAAACGUUGAUGUUCCUCGAUUGCAUUUGCGGCUCGACAACAGGAGGACUGGGCCUUCUCGGACUGUACAUAAACGAGAAUAACGUUGGUCUCAUCAAUCAAACGUUGGAAACGUUAACCGAAUAUUGCCAAGGACCCUGUCACGAGAAUCAAAACUGUAUAGCCACGCACGAAUCCAACGGAUUAGACAUAAUCACCGCUCUUAUAUUGAACGACAUCAAUCCUCUGGGGAAGACCAGGAUGGAUCUGGUUUUAGAACUGAAGAAUAACGCGUCGAAACUCUUACUGGCCAUCAUGGAAAGUCGGGGCGAUAGUGAGAACGCCGAGAGGAUCCUGUACAACAUGAAUCCCAAACAACUGGUUGACGUGGCUUGUCGUGCUUUCCAUCAGGAAUCCUCGAACGAGGAGGACGAUCUGGACGAUAGCGGCGCGGACGAUGCGGUGUCCCCGAAAGAAGUCGGUCAUAACAUCUACAUCCUCUGCCAUCAGCUCGCUCAACAUAACAAGGAACUGGCGGCGUUACUUAAGCCCACGGAUUUCGCGCUAGAUCUCAAAACGCAGAAGGCGCUCAUGUACUACGCUACCCACACUGCUCAAAUCGAAAUUGUAAGACACGAUCGUACGCUGGAGCAGAUCGUCUUUCCCAUACCCGAAAUUUGCGAGUACAUUACGACUGAUACGAAGAUAAGGGUAUUGAAUACGGCCGAGAGGGACGAUCAGGGUUCGAAGGUGGCAGACUUCUUCGACAGAACGGAUGCAAUGUUCAACGAGAUGAAGUGGCAGAAGAAAUUGAGAGCGCAACCUGUGCUAUUUUGGGUCAGCAGCUAUAUGUCUUUAUGGAGUAACAUACUAUUCAACUGCGCCGUAUUGAUUAAUCUGAUAGUUGCAUUCUUUUAUCCGUUCGAAUACACUCUGCCCAAUAUCAGCUCCAGUAUAUCCAUAUUAAUUUGGCUUGCCAUGCUAGCGUCAGCAACUAUUGUUUUAACGCUACCGAGAGAAAUGGGAAUCAGGACAUUGGUAGCAUCAACUAUUUUGAGACUGAUCUUUUCUUUAGGCCCAGAGCCCACUUUAUGGCUCUUGGGCUCGGUCACCAUAUUACUCAAAUGUAUUCAUCUAGUCAGUAUCAUGGGAAACCAUGGAACCUUAACAAAAACUUAUCAGCAGAUACUCACUGAUGCGGAACUUGUUUAUCACCUAGCCUAUCUUGUAUUCUGUAUGCUGGGCCUUGUUAUGCAUCCGUUUUUCUACUCUGUUUUGUUGUUCGAUGUAGUUUAUAGAGAAGAGACACUAUUGAACGUUAUAAGAUCUGUAACAAGAAACGGCCGUUCCAUUAUAUUAACAGCAGUAUUGGCGAUGAUAUUGGUUUACAUGUUUUCACUGAUUGGUUACAUGUUCUUCAAGGAAGAUUUCAUUGUUAGUGUUAAUGUAAAAACAGAAGAAGAUUGUGAAACAAUAUCCCGACAAACUGGACAUCAUUACAUCGAAGAUGGUGGACACUGUAAGCAGAUCGAUGAUGGAGAGGAAAAGAGAGAACGUGCCUGUGAUUCGUUGAUAAUGUGUAUUGUUACUACUCUGAAUCAGGGCCUUCGGAAUGGAGGGGGUAUAGGAGACAUAUUGAGAGCACCAAGCAGUGAGGAACCACUUUUCGUUGCUCGUGUAGUAUACGACUUGCUCUUCUUCUUCGUGGUGAUAAUCAUUGUACUUAAUCUGAUUUUUGGUGUUAUUAUCGACACUUUUGCCGAUUUGAGAUCUGAAAAGCAACAAAAAGAACUUAUUCUGAAAAAUACGUGCUUCAUUUGUGGUUUGAAUAGAUCUGCGUUCGAUAACAAGACCGUAAGCUUCGAGGAGCACAUUAAAUGUGAGCAUAAUAUGUGGCACUAUUUGUACUUCAUAGUGCUAAUCAAAGUGAAGGAUCCGACUGAAUUCACGGGUCCUGAAAGCUACGUUUAUGCCAUGGUGAAAGCAUCGAAUCUCGAUUGGUUCCCAAGGUUACGGGCCAUGUCGCUUGCUGCCGUCGAAGGGGAUGGUGAACAAAUUGAACUUCGAAGUUUGACAGCUCAACUCGAAACCACACAAUUACUGGUGACAAAUUUGUCUCAGCAGCUUAUGGAUCUGAAGGAUCAGAUGGCGGAACAACGUAAACAAAAACAGCGGUGGGAGCUAUUAAACUCUGCCUCUGUUGCCCAGUUGAAUCUUUCAAAUUUGCAAUAGGAUAUGGAAAAAGUAGAAAAAAUUUCGAAUUCUUCAUCUUUUACAUUAACAGUCUAGGUGGUGUGACUAAUAGUACACUUAAAGGGAUUCUCAUGUAAGUGAAGAAUUCUGGCAAAAGUACAUAUUAUACUAUUAUUAUUAUAUAUAUAUAUAUUUAAGGAAAAUUUUGGGAAUAUUGGAUACUAUUUUAUUCUAUAGAUUUAUUUGUGGCAACGCCGAAGUUUCGGAACAGUUCGUUUCUUUUUCAAAGAGCUACAACAAACAAUAUUGUACGCUUAUCGAAAACAUUGAGACAUUUCAGGGAAUGAAAAAAAAAUGGAUGUUUAGGUUGCGUACCUGCUGUGUUAAUUUUUUGAUUCCUUGAAAUGUCAAUGUUUUUGAUGAGCAUACAAUAUUGUGUCAUAGCUAGCCUUGAGAAAGAAAUGAACUGUUUCGAAACGUUGGCGUUGUUACAAAUUAAAAAAUAGGACAAAAUAGUAUCCAAUAUUCCCAAUAUUUUCUUUUUGAAUAGCAAUGGAUGAUAACAAAGUAAUAAUUAUAUAUAUCACCAGUGUCGAUUUAUGUACCAAAUUGGAGAAUUCUUCAUGUAAGUGCACUGUUAGUGUGAAAGACUAUCUGCCUAGUGAAACUGUUGAUUUUGACUCUAAACUUUGUUAAAGAUAUUUCAUAUGUUGCUUAUAUGAUGAUUUGAAAAAAUGCACAGUUUUGUCAAUAUUUAUAAAGGGCGAACAUGUUUUAUGCUGUUGUCUUCACUGUAAUCAAUACAGAGCAGAAUAAAGAUUUUUUUAUUGGA